AUGAUCACUUCAUCUAAGGAAAGCGUAUCCCGCCUGUCUUCAACACAUCCCUCCUCAUUGUUUGCCCUAAUUCGACAUACCAACAAUUGGCAGUUCGGCACCAAGGUCGUCGGUCCAUCGUCGCUCCACAAAAAAAAGCUGACGCUCCUCCACAUCUUUCCUUUCCAACUUCGCUCCUCGAUCCGUCACCUCCUACAUCUCCGGCCGUCCCACCCAUUCCACACCUCCGACACCACCCUCGCACAUCAGAACGUCGACUCAUCUUCAGGAUCUUCAGAUGCUAAGGAGCAGAAUCAAAAAGCCCACACAUAUUCCGAGGAGUUGGAGAAGCAGGUGGAGAAACUACAUUUGGAAUUGGAUCUCAAACUCAGGUUAAUGGAGGCUUUGAAAACUAGAUCAAAAGAAUUGGAUCAAAAGAUGCUUCAUAUAAAUACAAAGCUUCAAGAGAAAAAUUAGCGUUGACAAAAUAUCAAAGAACACUUAAACUUGUAGAUUUUGGAUUAGCAAGAGAAGAGACAGUUAGUUACCGAGAUAGUGAUUGCCAAUAUAGGGGCAUGUCAUUGGAUGGCUCCAAACUCCAAAUUAUAUAGUACUAGGACACUAAGGCAAGGAGAAAAGAAGCAUUACAACCAGAAAAUAGAUGCUUAUAGCUUAGUAAUUGUAUAAUGGGAACUUUUACACAACAAACUACCCUUUGAGGGUAUGUACAACCUCCAAGCUACUUAUUCUGCAGCUUUCAAGCCAUUAAAACCACUAGAAGCAACACGAUUUUUUUACUCCAUUGCUUGGACACGGAAUAGUCAACAUAUCAUCUUUGACAGCAGCAGAACAAGGCCGCGGAUUGCAAUGAAACUUAACAUCUACUUAUCUUACUCUUAUUUGUCUUUGUUUGCAAUGAGAUUCAAUUUUUUUUUUUAUUUUUUUAUUUUUUUAUUUUAUGUAUUUUCAUGGUAAAGACGAGGUUGAAUCUAUAUUUGAAUAUUUUGUAUAAUCCUUACUUUGUCUAAAUGUGAAUAUAUGAUGUUACUUUUUUAGUCAACU